AUGGCGAGUGACAAGAAACUACACGACAACCUGUCGCGCGUCAAAGCUCCGUCGCCCCUUGGAAAGUCGAUCUUUGUUGGGCUUCGUUUGACCGAUGCGGUUUGGCAAUAUGCAUUCCUCCAUCGUGGAUGGGCCACUCAGCUCGUCCACUGGCUCCGUGGAACGCCUCUUCCCGUGAUGGAUGCAGUUCAUGGCCGGUUGAACCCCUACUAUCAGAUGUUUGUGGUCAUGUCACUCGGCAGUGGCCUCAAGCAAGCGAUCCACAUGGGACUGAUCUCAGAACAAGAGCUCUCUGCUGGGCAGGGCUUCGGCAUAGGCUUCUUCAACACGGUUUUCAACUCCACGAACAUUAUUUUCUCCAUUUGGUCCCUGACCUCCCAAUCACCUGCCUCUGAUACCUGGCUUGGUGUGCUUUCAUCGCCAUCGGUCGCCGUUGGAGCGACUGCUUACGCUGUUGGCAUCGUGACAGAGUUGGUGUCAGAGUUGCAACGACAGAGAUUCAAGAAGAAUCCCGCCAACAAAGGGAAGCCAUAUGGCGGCGGUCUAUUCUCCCUUGCGACAAAUAUCAACUAUGGUGCCUAUAGUUUGUGGCGCGGCGGAUUUGCCCUCGCUAGUGGAGGUUGGGCCUGGGGCCUCUUCACAUUCUCUUUCUUCUUCUAUGAUUUUGUGACUCGUGGAGUUCCAGUUCUUGAUCAAUAUUGUACCGAGAGGGUAACUAUCUCCUUAAUUCCCCUUGCCGAAGUGGCUUCUUACAGUACACGCUAA